ACACGACGGCUGUCACAUGAACCGCCGAGCGCUCCCACGUCGCAGCUCACACUUCACUCAUACUCUGCUCAUCAUUCCUCGCCCCGUUACACCGGCGUGCGGUCUCCGAGCAACCACCAUCUCCCCCCCCUCCCUCCCUCCCUCCCCUCUGUGCCCGGGGCCAUGGCCGCCCACGGCGUCCUGGGAGUUGUAGUUCUUAUCUCGUCCGAUUCUGGAAUAAAAAGACAAGAAACGACUGGUAAUAAUCAGCAGGUCUUACCCAGGUAGCAUCUGCGAAGGGAGAAGCAGAGUUAACGUUUCAGUUUGAUUAACGUGAAUGAGGAGGUGUGCAGCUGGUGGUGUAUGCACAUCUGACACCAAACUAAAUGGGAAAACUGUAGUGAUUACAGGGGCUAAUACUGGCAUUGGAAAGGAAACCGCCAGGGAUCUGGCACAGAGAGGUGCUCGAGUAAUCAUGGCCUGCAGAAAUUUGACCAAGGGAGAAACUGCAGCUCAAGAGAUUCGUGAAGUCACUGGAAAUAAACACGUCAUAGUUCGGGAACUGGAUUUAGCCAAUACCAAGUCCAUAUACCAGUUUGCUGAAAAUCUCACUCAAGAGGAAAAAGUAAUCAACAUUUUGAUCAACAAUGCCGGAGUGAUGAUGUGCCCCUUCACGAAGACAAGUGAUGGGUUUGAGAUGCAAUUUGGUGUAAACCACCUGGGACAUUUCCUGUUGACCUUCCUGCUUAUCAAUCUCAUUAAAAGAUCAGCACCCGCUCGCAUUGUUAAUAUAUCGUCCUUGGCUCACAACUUUGGCCGAAUCAAUUUUAAUGAUCUGCAGAGUGAGAAGAGUUAUGACGGGAGUUCUGCUUACUGCCAGAGCAAACUAGCAAACGUACUGUUCACUCGGGAAUUGGCCAAGCGUCUGAAAGACACCAAAGUCACAGUGAACUCUGUGCAUCCAGGCUGCGUGAAAUCAGAACUAACCAGACACUCCUGGGUCAUGGCUCUGGCAUGGAAGAUUCUCACUUUCCUCAUCAAAACACCAAAACAGGGUGCACAGUCCAGCAUAUACUGUGCAGUUGCUGAAGAACUGGAAGAGGUUUCUGGUAAACAUUUCAGCGACUGCCAACCAGCAUUUGUGGCUCCACAAGGUAAAAAUGAUGAAACAGCCAAGCAGUUGUGGGAUGUCAGCUGCAAACUUUUGGAAAUUCAGUGGGACUGAAUUCUCAAUUGAUGGAAAUGGAAGAAACCCAAGAAUAAAGCAAACUGAAGGUUUAUUCUUCAUUUCUGUAGCAACUUUGAGACCUAUUGUAAGAAAAUUGAUCUCAAUUAAGUUGACUCAUUUCUUUUAGACCAUCUAAACAACAACCUAUUCAAUGUAACCUGCAAUGGCUAUAUGUUGCAGAUAUGUGCAGUCUGCUUAAGAAUGUUUACCAAGAUUUUGGAUUAGUUUGCAAAAUCAGCUAUUCUGUCAAAAUCUAAACUCAUGAGGCUGUGAAAUGUUGACAAUUCAUUAACUGCUUCAAUACAUCACUACUGCAGCUGCAAGUCACUGCAACACUGUAAUGACCAAUGUAUUUUUGUGCUUGAGAUUCAAAUCUACAUGCAAAAUGAGGGUUAGGUAUUUUCAAAAGUGUUAUCAUUAGGAAAUAAAGUAAUUAAAAUUAUCUAUUGCA